UAAUCUUAAUUCAUUUUUUGUAACCAGUUUUGAUUGAAAAACUAAAUCGAAACAUGAGAUCAUGGCUCGCUUCUCAAGCCGGGAAUGGGUGUGUUACGAUUUGUCUCGUAGUGCCGCACAGGGGGAAAAGGUUAUCGAGUGAAGAGAUAACAAGCAGAUUUAAAGGGCGGCAAAGGGAUAAAACGCUAAUCCAUAAAAAGCUAAUCGCCGGUUUAGGAGUGGGACAGCUUGUGCUGUUUGACUUAAAGACGGCCUAUUAUAUUGUCGGUCCUUAGAUCCGAGGGAUCAGCAUGUCUCGCGCAGAUGGCAUCCCCUCCUGCCUGAUCCUUAUUUUAUGUGCGGUUGCAGCAUUUUGCGGACCGGUGCCCGAGUCCGAGCCGCUAAUAGCAAACGGCUGGGGGCAGUCUGUCCGCCUUAGGCAUCUGUACGCUGCCAGGCAUGGAGUCAAUCUGCAGAUCAACGAGGACGGUACCGUAGACAGCUCAUCUCUGCAAAGUCCUUACAGUUUGCUGGAGAUCAGAUCGGUUGACACCGGCUUUGUUGCGAUCAAAGGAGUGAAGAGCGCUUACUAUCUCUGCAUGGAAGAAAGUGGAAAACUGUAUGGAUCGCGCACCUACGUAAAAGAGCAUUGCUCAUUCCGAGAGCGUAUCCUGUCAGAUGGCUACAGCAUAUACGUCUCAGACAGAUACCGGGCGGUGGUGACCCUGAGUAACGGCAGGCAGAAGGGCCAGGCCGGAGACAAAGGCCUAUCCUCACUGUCCCUCUUCUUACCCAUGGCAAGCACACUUUCUCUGGGGGCAGUCAGUGUGUCCCUGAAGGACCCUGGGCCUGGAGGCCCUGAGAACGGGAAGUCGCCCUUUCAGAUCGAUAGCACGGAUCCCUUUGGGAAACUCUCUCAAGUUUUCAUCCAUAGUCCUAGUUUCAACAAGAGAUAAGUCUGCCUCACCAUCUUUAAGAGAAAUCCAAGGACAUUUGUCCGCACCUCGUUUGCAAAUUGUAAGGGAAGAAACUGGUUUUAUGAAACAACAUAAAAACGAACUAUAGUACAAACAAAAAUGCAUUAAGAAGCUGCAGCAUGUAAAAUGAUCAAAGGGAGACAACUUUGAAGAAAUUCCACCUCGUAACCCACCACUCAAACAAGGAAAAGAAUAAAGAAGAAUACAAAAGACAUAUUUUUAUAUUAGGUUCAGACAUUUUUUUACAAACAUUAGUAUAUAGUUUUGUUUAUUUAAUUAUGUUUUUAACAUUAAUACAAAGAAGUAUAUGAU